UAAUAUAAAUAUAUAAUUAUCUCUCCAUAAUUCCGUCUGAUCAUUUUUGGGGGGGUUUUUUUCCUUGGAAAUUAUGCAGAGUAUAUUGAUAAACGGAAGAGGACAAUUCAAUUGUUCUAUAGCGGCGCAAUUUAGCGAGAACACGAAGAAGCAGUGCACGUUUAGAGGAGGUGAUCAAUGCGCUCCUCGGAUUUUACGCGUUGAACCUAACAAGACUUACAGGCUCCGAAUCGCCAGCACCACCGCACUCGCUUCCCUCAACUUGGUCGUCCAGGGACACAAGCUCGUCGUCGUCGAAGCCGACGGCAACUACGUCACGCCCUUCGCCGUCGACGAUAUCGACAUUUAUUCCGGUGAGAGCUACUCCGUCCUCCUCACCACCAACCAAGACCCUUCCCAGAACUACUGGAUCUCCGUCGGCGUCCGCGGCCGCAGACCCAAGACUCUUCCGGCGUUAACCCUCUUAAAUUACCGAACUGCCCCUGCCUCCAAGCUCCCGCCAUCUCCCCCGCCGGAGAUUCCACUGUGGAACGACUUCGACCGGAGCAAAAGCUUCUCGAAGAAGAUCCUCGCCGCCAUGGGAUCUCCGCCUCCGCCGAAGAAAUCGAAUCGCCGAUUGAUUCUGCUCAACACCCAGAAUCGGAUCAACGGGUUCAUAAAGUGGGCACUCAACAAUGUAUCCUUGUCCGUACCGGCGACGCCGUACCUGGGUUCGAUCAAGUACGGAUUGAAAGGCGUGUUCGAUCAGAAAUCGCCGCCGAGGAGUUUUCCGAUGGAUUACGACAUCACGAAACCGCCGGCGAACCCUAACGCGACGCACGGUAACGGAAUCUACACGUUCCCGCUGAAUAUCACCGUCGACGUGAUCCUCCAGAAUGCAAACGCGUUAAACCCAAACGAGAGCGAGAUCCAUCCAUGGCAUUUGCACGGACACGACUUCUGGGUUUUAGGGUACGGAGAGGGGAAAUUCCGUCAAGGAGUGGACGAAACGGCGUUUAAUCUGAAGAAUCCGCCGUUACGGAACACCGCGGUUGUGUAUCCGUACGGAUGGACGGCGUUAAGAUAUGUAACGGACAAUCCAGGGGUUUGGUUCUUUCAUUGCCAUAUCGAACCGCAUCUGCACAUGGGCAUGGGUGUGGUUUUCGCCGAAGGGGUUAACCGGAUCGGUCACAUACCGGAUGAUGCCCUCGGUUGCGGUCUGACCAGGAAAAUGUUCGUGAACCGGCACCGUUAAGUUACGGUUGUUUUUUUUAACGGCGUAUGGUUUGGCCUGAUUCCGUUUGUUCAUUAGUAUUGAUGUUUCUAUGAAAUGAGUGUGCGCGCGUGUUGAUUAUGUGAUGAUAAUAAUUAGCACAAGUAUAAAUUAUCAGACUUUUUAUUA